AUGAAGAAGCUGUGGGGGAGCGAGUGGGCGGAGUAUAAGCCGAAGAGAUGGUUAGAGAGAGAGAGAAGUGGUGAAGAUUCAGACAAGUGGAGGAACGUGGCGAGAGAUCUGUUUAGCUAUCCAGUGUUUCAGGCGGGACCAAGGAUUUGCCUAGGGAAGGAGAUGGCGUACUUGCAAAUGAAGAGGGUGGUAGGUGUGAUUCUGACGAGGUUCACGGUGGUUCCAGCGAUGCUGGAAGGGAUGGAACCACAAUUCUUUGGCCUAAAACUGUCUUUCAAGUUUGCAAUAAAAAAUUGGAAUAGUCUCACUGGUAGAAUACCAUAUCAGCUAGGGGGUCUUCAGAAGCUUGAACAGUUGCAACUUUCUACCAACAAUUUAACUGGAGAAAUCCUAAUGUCUAUAUGGAAUCCUACUUACCUCACCUACCUUGCAAUAGCCUAUAAUAACUUGGAAGGAAGCAUACCGGAGGAGAUAGGCCAUUUGAAGAACUUGACACUUUUUGCAACAGCAAUGAAUACUUUAUCAAGUGCUCUUCCUUCCUCACUUUACAACCUUUCAUCUCUCACUGUGAUAUCAUUGGCAGUGAAGCAUUUGAACAUUAAUCGGCUUCCGUAUAACAUGUUCUCCACCCUUCCAAAUCUGGAGCAUUUAACCAUAGGAUCAACACUAAUCGACUUACAGAACAUUUCUUCUCUUCAAUACUUGAACGUUUCGUUCAAUAUGUUUGAUAGUGAGGUGCCAAUAGAAGGGGUUUUCAGCAAUAGGUGUGAAAGAAACAAGAAUUCAUCUUCAACUUCACCUAGAAUUGAACAGUUUUCAAAGGUUUCAUAUCAAAAUCUACACAUUACAACUGAAGGUUUCUCUACCAACAACUUGAUUGGAUCCGGGAGUUAUGGCUCAAUAUAUAAAGGAAGGUUAGAAUCAGAAGAUAAAAUUGCAGCAAUAAAGGUAUUGGACCUUCAAAAGAAGGGAGCCCAAAAGAUUUUCAUUUCAGAAUGUAAUGCAUUAAAAAACAUAAGGCAUCAAAAUUUGGUAAAAAUUUUGACAUGUUGCUCAGGCAUUGAUUACAAGGGACAAGAAUUUAAGGCCUUGGUAUUUGAAUAUAUGUCAAAUGGAAGUCUUGAGAAAUGGUUGCAUCCUAAUGAAGAAAGUGCAUAUUUGUCAACAUUGGAUAUUUGUCAAAGGUUCAAUGUUAUAUAUGAUGUUGCCUCUGCACUAUGUUAUCUUCAUUAUGAAGAUGAGCAACCAGUUGUCCAUUGUGACUUAAAGCCCAGCAAUGUCCUUCUUGAUGAUGAUGUGGUGGCUCACGUCAGUGACUUUGGGUUAGCAAGACCACUUGCCACACUUAAUGGCCAUUCUCAAAAGCAAACAAGCACAUUUGGAAUAAAAGGGACAAUUGGCUAUGCUCCUCCGGAGUAUGGAAUAAGUUCUGGGGUGUCAAAAGAAGGUGAUGUGUAUUCUUUUGGUAUUCUUAUUUUGGAAAUGUUAACUAGAAAAAUACUGACAGAUCAAAUAUUUGAAGAUGGUCACAAUCUUCAUAGCUAUGUCAAAGCUGUAUUUCCAAACAAUCUUUUAGAGAUUGUGGACAAAGCUGUUCUACCCCACCAAAUACCACAAACAAUAUCAAUAGCCAUGGAAGAAAUCAGGACAGAAGAGCCGGCUCAUAUGCAUCCCAACCAUGAGAGGACUCUAAUUUCACUGUUUGACAUUGGACUUGCUUGUUCAGUGCAAUCUCUGAAAGAAGGGAUGAACAUGAUGGGUGUGCUAAAGGAGCUAAAUCAAAUUAAAAAUGCUCUUGGUCUUCGGGGGAGAAGUCAAAAUUGA